AUGUCACAAAAUAAAAACACUAUAUGUUUGUUUGAUGUGGAUGAUACUUUAACUAAACCGAGAAAUGCAAUCACCAAUGAAAUGAAAGAAUUAUUGGCAUCUUUAAGAACAAAAAUAAAGAUAGGUGUUGUUGGUGGCUCUAAUUUUAAUAAAAUUAAAGAGCAAUUAGGUGAAAAUUUUAUUAAUGAUUUUGAUUAUGUAUUUGCAGAAAAUGGUUUAAUAGCAUAUAAAGAUGGUUCAUUAUUAGAAAUUCAAGAUAUUAAAAAGUAUUUAGGUGAAGAAAAUAUCAAAAAAUUUAUUAAUUUUGUGUUACAUUAUGUAGCUGAUCUUGAUAUUCCAAUAAAAAGAGGUACCUUUGUUGAAUUUAGAAAUGGUAUGCUUAAUAUCUCGCCAAUUGGUAGAAAUUGUUCCCAACAAGAACGUGAAGAAUUUGAAAAGUAUGAUUUGGAACACAAAAUUAGAUCAACAAUGGUAUCAAUAUUAAAAGAGGAAUUUAAAUCUUUUGGUUUACAAUAUUCAAUUGGUGGUCAAAUAAGUUUUGAUGUUUUUCCAAUUGGUUGGGAUAAAACUUAUUGUUUACGUCAUUUACCAGAGGAUGAAUUUAAAACACUCUACUUUUUUGGUGAUAAAACUUUUUUGGGUGGUAAUGAUUAUGAAAUUGCUAAUCACCCAAGAAUUACACAAUCUUUUACUGUAAAAUCACCAGCUAAUACUUUGGCCAUUUUAAACGAUUUCUUUUUUAAAAAAUAG